CAGAAGUGGAGAGAGGCACAGGGUUUGGCGCAACGUGGUUGGCUAUGGCUCACAGCUCUGACAGCAAUGACUCCAGUUACACUAAGUCUCCUUCGCCAACGGGCAGCAGGCGGGGCUCCUCAGACAACGUCAAGAAGGUAAUGAGAAGAGAGAAGAACCGUAUCGCUGCCCAGAAGAGCAGGAUGAGACAGACCCAGAAGGCAGACAGUCUACACCUGGAGAGUGAGAACCUGGAGAAGGAGAACGCGGCUCUGAGGAAGGAGGUGAAGAAACUCAAAGAAGAGGCCAAGUAUCUCUCCUCUGUCCUGACUACCCAUGAGCCUCUCUGCACUGGCCUGCCCCCCCAGAUGACCCCUGACCUCAUCUACUCCCCCCAUCAUCACUCCGUCUCCCCCCACCAUCACGGGAGCAACGUCUUCCACCAGCAGCACAGCAUCGCUGUGUCGCACUACCAGCACUGAUCACCACCGGCCACCAGGGGGUGCUAAAGAGACGCUGGAGAGGUUUACUGACCUUGAUAAAGUGGGUGAAGAGAGCCACUUGAACUAGCCUCGCUGAACCAGGUCAGCCUGGUUUCAAGAGGCUACACUUGAACAGGAUGAAGUUAAUGAAUGGUUUCUUUGUUUCAACGGAACAGGCAGCACUCAUGAAUGAUGUCUUUGCAUCAGAUCAACAAUUUUCUGAUAUUUAAAAGAUGACAAAGGCUUCUUUUACACAGGCAGCCGAAUUCUGAUCUUUUUGCCCAAUUAUUGUCAAAAUGUCUGAUUGGUCAAAAAAAUAAUUCAUGACAAAAGAUCAGAAUUGUGUAAAAAAAGCACAUAGAUGGUAAUUUCACAUUUAUGACUCGACCAUAGAAUCAAUGCCUCGACUAUGCCAAUAGUCCACAUCUACAGGACAUUAAACCAGCAUGAUUGAAUGAUUUUUUAUUGUACUAUUGAGAUUUACACAACAAUGAAAUUAUUCCGUUUUUACGUUUCAAGUAAUUUAUAUAGGCCUAUUACAACGUUUUGACGCUAGGACUGGGACGAUAGUAGUAUCGCAAUACUUGUUAGUAUUGUGGCAAGGGAACAAAACACAAAGCAGAUGUAACUUCUUUAGUAAAACAGCCUUAAUGUUGGAAACAAACAUCAUUAUGUUAUCAUCCAGAGUCACAUAUAGUUAUUUUCCAGGCUAUAUCACAACAUAUAUACAGCAGGUUUAGGACCAGGCUAUAUCAC